UCAACGUUAAAAUUAACGUUAACCUCAACGUUAACCUCAAUGUUGAAAUCAACGUUAACCUCAACGUUGACCUCAACGUUGACCUCAACGUUAACCUCAACGUUGACCUCAACGUUGACCUCAACGUUAACCUCAACGUUAACCUCAACGUUGACCUCAACGUUGAGAUCAAAGAAGCACCGAAAAAGAGACGAAAGCAACAAAAAAGUGAUGAAAAAGGCACUGAAAAAACAGCAAAGGAAGUAUCGAAAAAAAAUGACGAAAGAA